AUGCCAAGCCCGACUGUCCUCGUCCUCGGGACGUUCCUCUACCUGCUCAACGUGUUCGGCUGGGUGGCUCAGCGCUUCUUGAAUGCGGGUCUUCUCGGGCAAAUUCUACUCGGUGUAAUCUAUGGGUCGCCGCUGGCGGGAUGGCUAGAUCCGUCAUGGGAGGAAGCCUUCGUUGCUGUCGGAUAUGUGGGACUGUUGAUCGUAGUCUUUGAAGCCGGAAUCCACUCGACCAUCUCGCACCUCACGGCGCUCCUCCCGCUCUCGCUCUGUAUCGCCCUCACCGGCGUACUGCUGCCUAUCGGUCUAUCCUUCAUCCUCCAGCCGCUCGCUGGCUUCAGCUACCUCCACUGCUUUGCGGCCGGCUCAGCCCUCGCUUCCACCUCGCUCGGUACCACCCUCGCCGUCGUUUCUCCCGCCGCGCUCGGGUUUGACCUCCGGCGCACUCGGCUUGGUACCGCCCUCAUCAGCUCGGCGGUCAUUGACGAUGUCAUCGCGUUCGUUCUCGCCAAGAUCCUCGGCGUCAUUGGCAACAACCCCGGGGCAUCCGGCUCUGUGCUCGGCGGGGAAAUCGGGCGGACUAUCGGCGUUACAGUCGGGAUCGGCGCGGUCAGCUUGCUCGCGGCCAAGUACGCCCUGAAGCCGCUAUACAGGGCGAUCCGGCGUCGCAAACAUCUCUGGGAGGAGGCAGCUUGGGGCGGGGAGCGAUUCCUGCUCUUUGGGAUGUUUCUGCUCUGGCUCGGCUUGAUUGCCGGGACGGGGUAUGCGGGGACAUCGCCGCUGUUUGGGGCGUACCUAGCCGGCCUCGUCGUCGCUUUCAUCUCGGAGGAAGACGACAAGCCGGACCACAGCAUCAAGCUCCCUUCACGCUUCCCCCGCGCACCCACUAUCGAUCUCAGUAACCUCGGAACGACAAAUCUCAGCCGCGCCAUUACCCUCCCCGAAACCACCUCUAUGCCCCCGUCCACCAAGCCCGCUCCCUUCCUCACCGCCGGAACGCGCGAUGACACCGCCGAGGCUACCCCCAAAGUCCACCUUCAGACCUCGUUCGACGGAUACAUUGCCCAGCCGCUCUUCCGCCUGCUGCUCCCCAUUUUCUUUGGGUCGAUCGGGUACUGUAUCCCGUUCGUUCCGCUCUGGAGGGGAGAGGUCAUCUGGCGAGGGGUGAUUUAUGCGGUGCUCAUGAUACUCGCCAAGGUGGGGUGCGGGCUGUGGCUGUUUGUCUGGACAAAGUCGUGGGCGUGCUGGAGAGGGGCGGUGGUAUUGGGUCUGGCAAUGGUCGCGAGGGGUGAGAUUGGGCUGCUGAUCUCUCAAAUCGCCUACACCACCUCUACUCCUCUCCUCCCCGACGACCAAUUCCUCAUCGUCACCUGGGCUAUCGUCCUCUGCACUAUUGCCGGUCCUGUUGCUGUCGGGAUCGUCGUCAAGCGCUGGGGCAAGACGAUCUUGGCGGGAUCAUGGGAUUGA